AUCAUUUCGUUUCGAGAGAAAUCAGGCAGGCAGGCAGGCAGUCCGGUCAGUCAGUCAGUCAGUCAGUCAGUCAGUCAAUUGACAGUUUAAACAGACCAACAAAAACCCUCCUUGACUUGACCCCCAAAUUUGCGCCGCCCCCAACCCCCCCAAGUCCACUCCGGAACUGUCAAGCCGACUGCCUACAUACAUUACCUGGUACACAAGCCAGCGACUCGUACAUUCUUCGUCCAACUCGCCGGGCCCUGUCGCAACCGACCCAACUGCACACUCUUGAAGCUGUAUCCUAUCGUACCUGAUCGUCUUGGCCGGAACAGCUACUUAUCCUAGUUUACAUCCUUGUCCGUCCAUCUGCUCAACUUACACUUCGAGACCAGAGUAACGGGUCAAGCUCACGACUCAAGACGAAGGUUCCACUCAUCUCAACUUUCGACUGUCUCUUGGAAGCUUCAGAGGUCCCCCUCUCGUACAAUCAUGACGGACGGGAUCCCGAAAGAGCCCAUCCCUACGAGCAACCCACCGUCGAACCCAGUCAACCCAUGCCAGCAAGAUGACCAGGCAGGACCCCACGCAGACCACCGGCUGUUACAAGCUGCUGCCGCCGGUCUGUUGAAUAAGCAAAAUGCAGCCUCAAACGCAAACAUCAAUUUCUCUUUUCCUACUUUAGACACCACAUGCGCCGUCAACGCCAGGAGCCCUAUCGACACUCCAACCAAAUCCGCCCGCCUCGGGAGCCACCACAGUCACAUCGAGUUUCGAACGAGAACAAUCGCCCCCUCACCUUCGGAAACUCCCAGCCCGCACCGCAACUCUGACGAAGCCUCCCGAUACCAGCGAAGCCCCCUCGCCUCUAGUUCGAGAACCACAAGUCCCCAAGAGGUUCCUGAGGGACGUCCUGCACACCGCAGGGACAGCAACAACAACCUCUCUCCCAUCACGCCAGCCAAAUCCCCAGCGUUUGGCCUCCACCACAAAACUUCUGCCUCAUCUCUGCGACCCAUUGCACGCACCCCGAGCUUCAAAAAUAGCUUGGGCCCUAGUUUUGGCACCGCUUCGGCCGCCAGCUCGACAUAUCCAAGUCCGAUCAUAUCUGCUAUGGGCGACGUCACCCCACUUCCAUCACCUCUUCUAUCUGGUGACUCGCCAGGCCCUUGGAGGAGGUUGGCGCGUCCGCCCUCUCGAGACACUCCUGCCGCCACGCCUGGCGUAGAGUCGGUUCUCGUUUCUACCAACGGCGAGUCGAUAGCAGCGGCCAUGACAUCUCAGCCGCAGAGGAAGGUUUACAUGGGCUUGGGGCUGGAUACAAGCUCCAGCACCAACACCAAUAGCCAGCCAGAGAGGACCCUGCCGCAUACUCGAAACAGGAGUGUGAGCGAGUAUAAACCGGACCCAAUGUUAUUGCCAAAGCGGAUGUCGACGGUGUCAGGAUCUCGGGACAAGACGGAAAAAAGCACGGAGGCGCAGCAGCGGAUGCGUCGUGAGCCACAUCUAUCGGCUGCACGUGGGUUAACACCAGUGGAAAAGCCCCCUACCCCACCGCCUAGCGAAUCUUCCAUAAGCGCCGGGGAGAUUGUGGGUGGCGGUGUUCCUGCUAAGAGCAGCGAUGGGGAGGAAGGCUCUGGCCAAAAGCCUCGGUACGAGUACUUUGAAGCACGAAAUCGUACUGAUGGCAAGCUGCGACGUUGGCGGGCCGUCAAAGAACUUGGGCAAGGCACAUUCAGUCGGGUCAUGCUAGCAACGAGUGCGCGACCAAAUGGUGAAUCUACUAGCGAGGAGGCGAACGACGCAUCACCGCGUACCAGUGGUCAAUAUGAUCGCAAGACACUUGUUGCCGUGAAGGUGUGCGAAUCGGGACCCAAGGGCGGAGCUUCAGAAGACCGUAUCGAGAUGAGUCUGAAGCGGGAGCUUGAGAUCAUGAAAUCGAUACACCACCCCAACCUGGUGCACCUUCGUGCGUGGAAUAUCGAGCCAACUCGUGCCAUACUCGUACUCAGCUAUUGCACAGGAGGAGAUUUGUUCGAUGUGGCGAGCGCUCAUCGCAGCGUGCUCACCCCGCCCCUAGUACGCCGCAUAUUUGCGGAGCUCAUAUCUGCCGUGAGUUACUUGCAUGAGAGGCGCAUCGUCCAUCGGGACAUCAAGUUGGAGAACGUUCUGGUCAACCUCACACCCUCAGAGUUGGCGGACCCUUCUAUAGACUGGGCUACAUACCCCUACCCAGUUUCUACACUGACAGAUUUGGGUCUGGCUCGCCGUGUUGCUGAUGACGAGAAGCUCGAGACGCGAUGCGGGUCUGACGACUAUGCCGCGCCCGAGGUAAUCAUGGGCCAACCCUAUGACGGCCGCGCCAUUGAUGCCUGGUCACUUGGAGUGCUCUUGUAUGCUCUUCUCGAAUCACGUCUCCCCUUUGACCCGCUGCCUGGGACUGUCACAGGAGCCGACAGUGCCCACCGCAUGAGGUCUCGGACCUCGCACCGAAUUGCGCGCAUCGAGUGGCGCUGGGUUACGUUUGCGGGAGAAGAUGGUGACCACGACGGCGACGAGGAGUUGUUCAAGAGCAAAGGUCUCCUCGGGGCUAUGCAAAUCACCGAGGGCUUACUGAAACGUGCGAGAAGCAGAUGGACAGUCGACAAGGUUGCUCAGACAGAAUGGGUCAAGGGCGGGAUACAGGUCGAGGGUGGCGUCAAGUUUUUAGAAGUGGAAGACGGUGAGGUUGCUCAGGAUGAUGAUGUGAUGGGUUUAUGAUCGUUAUGAGGAGCCCCCCUUUCUUUUAUUUUGCUACAAUGACCUCGGCAGCUUCAAGGGACGGGUAGAGAUGAAGGCAGGUUGGCCACAUUUCCCCAUCUUUGUGCCUGCCCAAGAAUCACACCUCGGCGAUACUCAUAAAUGACUUGACAGUCUUACAAUAGCGCCCUCCCGGCUACGGCGCUCAUGCAUUACAUCCAAUAAGCCUACUUACCCAUCAAUUAGCAAGCUUCAUUCAAUCGACGAGCUUCUCGCUCUUUGCUUUACUCAAUGUUAAAUACUCUUCACGCCGAGCGAUUUCCUUGAUAUUGUUUCAGGGGGUUUCAGGCAUACACGCCUAGUGAACAAAAUGUGGUUCAGGGGCCAAGUUGCU